AGGGGCUUGGGGGGGCUCUCUUUUCUCUCCCAUCUCCCCGUCUUUUCCUUCCAUCACCUUCCCAAGGGGAGAAGGGCUUGGAGGUGGAAGGCUCCUGCGUCCAGACGGCACGGCGACGGGGAGCCAGAGGAUCCAAGCGGAGGAGGAGGAGUAGGAGGAGAGAGGAUCCGCAGCGCCUUGUCGGGCUCUUUUCCCCUCAUCCCGUCCGAUAUGAAGCUUCCCAGGCCCCCCUCUUCAACGCGGCCUCGCCUGCUAAGAUGCGCCCUGGGCAUCCUCUUCACCAUCGAGGUCGGACUCUCUGCUCUCCCUUCAGACUCUGGGACAUUUCUCAUCUAUAACAGUGGUCUGCAGAGCUGCUUGGAGACAAAGGACUCUUUGGUGAAAAUUUCUAAGAUCUGUAACACAAGUCUUCCUGCUCAGAAGUGGAAAUGGGUUUCCCGGAAUCGGCUUUUCAACAUUGGAACCACGCAGUGCUUGGGAGUCUCCUGGAAGUCUGCAAACAGCAGUGCUACCACCCAUGCUUUGGCCACUUAUGAAUGUGACCGUGAGUCUGUCAACAUGCGGUGGAACUGUCGGAGUCUAGGGGACCAGCUUUCCCAGUAUUUGAGCUCCAGAUUGGGGAACUGGUCACUGACACCAGCUGACAGAGGUGACCAGGCUCGUGGAGGCCAAUGGAAGAUCUAUGGCCAUGAUGAAGAUUUGUGCUCUAGGCCAUACUCUGAAAUUUACACAAUUCAAGGCAACUCUCACGGAAAGCCCUGCACCAUCCCCUUCAAGUAUGAUAACCAGUGGUUUCAUGAUUGUACAAGUAUGGGACGUGGAGAUGGUCACCUCUGGUGUGCCACCACACAGGACUAUGGCAAAGAUGAGAGAUGGGGAUUCUGUCCCAUUAAGAGCAAUGACUGUGAUACAUUCUGGGAUAGGGAUCAACUCACCAAUAGCUGCUAUCAAUUCAACUUCCAGUCCACCCUGUCUUGGCAGGAGGCUGGGAAGAGCUGCGAGCAGCAGGGAGCCAACUUGCUUAGUAUCACUGCGAUUCAUGAGCAGACCUACAUCAAUGGACUGCUGACAGGAUAUGGUUCCACACUCUGGAUUGGGCUUAAUGAUUUGGACCUCAAUGGGGGUUGGCAGUGGUCUGACAAUUCCCCCUUGAAGUUCCUGAAUUGGGAAAAUGAUCAACCUGACAACCCCAACGAAGAAAACUGUGGAGUGAUACGGACAGAGUCCUCAGGAGGAUGGCAGAACCGGGACUGCAGUAUUGCUUUGCCCUAUAUCUGUAAGAAGAAACCGAAUGCCACUUCUAAUACAUACUUCACAGAAACUGAAGUGAAGAUUGAUUGUGAUCCCAGCUGGCAGCCAUUCCAGUCUAACUGCUAUCGUUUGAUAAGUGAAAAGAAAAGUUGGAUAGAUGCCAAAAAGACCUGCUUGCGCAGUGAGGGGGAUCUAGUGAGCAUCCAUACCCUCUCUGAACUGGAGUUUGUUACCAAGCAAAUCAAGCAAGAUGUUGAAGAACUUUGGAUUGGCCUGAAUGAUCUCCGGCUACAGAUGAAUUUUGAGUGGUCAGAUGGCACACCGGUGCAAUUUACAUUCUGGCACCCUUUUGAGCCGAACAAUUUCCGAGAUAGCCUUGAGGAUUGUGUGACUAUCUGGGGGCCGGAAGGGAGAUGGAAUGACAGUCCUUGCAAUCAGACAUUGCCUUCUGUCUGUAAGAAGCGGGGUCGAGUAAGUCAGGGGAAAGAGGAGGACCAUGGCUGUAGAAAGGGUUGGAAAUGGCACAGUCCAUCCUGCUAUUGGCUGGGGGAUGACCAUGUGAUAUACAGUGAAGCUCGGAAAAUGUGCAUGGAUUAUGGCUCUGCCCUGGUUACCAUCACCAACAGGUUUGAACAGGCCUAUGUUAGCAGCCUAAUUUAUGGCUGGGAAGAUGAAUAUUUCUGGACUGCAUUACAAGACAUAAAUGAAACUGGUUCCUUCCAUUGGCUGAGUGGAGAUGAAGUCACUUACACCCACUGGAACCGCAACCAACCCGGUUAUAACAAGGGUGGCUGUGUUGCUUUGGCCACAGGAAGUGCCAUGGGCCUGUGGGAGGUGAAGAACUGCACUACAUUCAAGGCUAAGUAUAUCUGCAGGCAGAAUCUGGGAACACCAGUGAAUCCUGAGCUUCCUUCACCACACCCCACACCCAGCCUCACUGGUUCUUGUCCUUCAGGAUGGGCCACCAGCCCCAAGCUGAGGCAUUGCUAUAAGGUAUUCAACUAUGAUAAGCUGCAGGAAAAGAAAAAUUGGAUUGCAGCACAUUUGCUCUGUCAGGAGUUAAAAGCACAGCUCCUGAGCUUGAGUGAUUAUGAGGAGGAACAGUUUGUGACCAACAUCCUCAGCAAGGUUUUUGGGGAAAUGGAGCCUGAGAUUCAUGAGCAACAUUGGUUCUGGAUUGGCUUGAAUCGCCGGGGCCCUGGAGCUGGGGGGAGUUGGAGCUGGAGUGAUGGUCUUGGGUUUUCUUACCACAACUUUGACCGCAGUAAUCAUGAUGAUGAUGACAUCCGUAACUGUGUGGCCCUGGAAUUGGCAUCCUUGCAGUGGGUGCCUCUACAUUGUGAAAUUAAACUGGACUGGAUCUGCAAAUUGCCCAGAGGGACUGAGGUGAAAGAACCAGAGACAACCACUCAAGGGAGUAAUGAGUGGUUAAAGUUUCAGGAUGCUGAAUACAGGUUCUUUGAUCACCAUUCAGCUUGGCUGCAGGCUCAGAGGAUUUGCACAUGGUUCCAAUCUGAGUUGGUCUCAGUUCAUAGCCAAACUGAAUUGGAUUUUCUGGGCCAAAGCAUGAAAAAGUUUUCAAGGGGUCAGGAGCAAUACUGGUGGAUUGGAUUAAACACCUAUGAGAAUGAUGGACGGUUUCGGUGGUCUGACAGUUCUCUGUUGAACUUCAUAUCAUGGGCCCCUGGUAAACCACGGCUUAUCAACAAAGAGAGAAAAUGUGUGUACAUGACAGCUAGCCGAGAGGACUGGAGUGACCAGAAAUGCCUCACCGCUCUGCCUUACAUUUGCAAGCGUGCCAACACCACCACAGUGCAGCCCUCCUUGCCAUCACUGCCUAUACCAACUCCUGGGAGCUGCGCCCAAGGGUGGCAUGCCUUCAUUAAUAAGUGCUUUAGGAUCAACAGUCAAGAAAAAGUGACAUGGCCGGAGGCAAAGCACAAGUGUGAAAUUCAAGGAGGUAUAUUGGCUACCAUCUCCAACCACCUUGAGCAAGCUUUUAUAACAACCCUUCUCCCAAGCGUGACCUUUGAUAUAUGGAUUGGCCUCCAAGAUUCCAAGAAGGAAUUUCUCUGGAUAGAACCUGAAGCUGUCAAGUAUGUGAACUGGGCCCCUGGGGAGCCAUCUGGAUAUCGAACAUCCAUUGCUAGCGAUCAGCCGACCAACUGUGCUGUGAUGCGGCAUGGCCUCCCUUCCCUGUUCACUGGCCGUUGGGAUGAUAGGAACUGCCUGGAGGAGAAACAUAUUUUCAUCUGCCAGAGAAGCAAAGACCCUACUCUAAAUCCUUCUUCAACAUCCUUCUCCCCUGUUCCCAACUCUACCCUUUUAUAUCUUAACAACACUUACCGUGUCCUGACGAAGCCACUCAAAUGGCAGGAAGCUGUGUUGCUAUGUGAGAGUCUCAAUGGAAGCCUAGCAAAUGUGAUAGAACCAUACACCCAGGCCUUUCUCACUCAGGCAGUCAGCAGCUUACAUACCCCACUCUGGAUUGGCUUGUCCAAAGAAGAGGGGAGACAUAACUACGUAUGGUUUACAGAUGAAAGCAUCUCCUACACAAACUGGCAGGAUGGAGAACCACAGCAAAUUGUGGGGUGUGCAUACAUGGAUAUAGAUGGGACAUGGCGAACUGCCACUUGCAACACAAAGCUUCAAGGGGCCAUCUGCAAGUUGAACACAGGAUCCCUUUCUUCACACAAGUGGAGCUACAACGGAAGCUGUCCUAAAACAGUAGAGGAUUCCUCUUGGGUUCCUUUUCGAAACCAUUGUUAUGCUUUCCACAUGGAAGUUAUGCUAGGACAGAAGGAAGCUGUGAAGAGAUGCCAGAAAGUUGGAGGCAUGGUGCUGUCCAUUCUAGAUGAGAUGGAGAAUGUCUUUAUUUGGGAACAUCUACAAGCUUAUGAGAGCCAAGCCAAAGGAGCAUGGCUGGGGAUGUCCUUUAAUCCCAAAGGUGGCACACUUGUCUGGCACGACAGCAUGGCUGUGAACUAUUCUAACUGGGGACAACAUGAUACAGGACCAAGCAUGAUCAGUCCAAACAGCUGCUAUUGGAUCCAGAGCAGCAAUGGGGUAUGGCGUCUGGGCUCUUGUUCCAAUGUAACCAUGGGAGUCAUCUGUAAGACAGCCCGAGUGGAAGGAAGCUCCAUCUCCAAAUCAGCUUUCCUGGAAAACACAAAAACCAUUGUUGUAGUCAUCCUCUCCUUUCUAGCCCUCUGUGCACUGGUAGCUGUUGCCUUCUAUCUUUAUAAGCGCCGAUGGAUUUCGGAACGAGGGACAUUUGAGAGCGCUCGCUAUAGCCGCACUAAUGCCAGUCCUACUGAAUCUGCUGAGAAGAACAUCCUGGUAUCCGAUAUGGAGAUGAAUGAACAAGAGUAAUGGUGGAUUUGUCAAGUGUGGGGUGGGGGUGGGGGUGGGGGAGAACAGGGAUGGGAGGGUCACAAGUACCUGUCACAGAUACUCUCAAAAACAAGCCUCUCAGGAGAGCUGAGGACAACUGCUGAGUCACAGCAGAAGGGUUGGAAGGCAGGGCAGCGACCCACUAAAGAGAUGUGGAGAAAUACAGAAAGGAGGUUUCCUUUGAGAACUCCAAAGAAACCCCAGCUUCUUACAUUUGUCCUGCUCAGAGGAGAAAUGAUGGUUCAUCUCUUGGAAGGAAAAGCUCAUUUUGGAACCCAUGAUCUCUGGGUAGCAGCACAGCUUCUUCACAUCUUUUUAGAGACUUAGUAUACAAGCAUUUCUUCUCUCUGGUGAUAAUAGCAAAACAAAUAUUUUGCUGUAUUUUUUCAUCUUUCUCUUCCUAUCCUUCUCUUCCAUUUGUAUUUCUCUGUCUCAGAGCCAUGUGAAACACCCUUGAAUUCCUGUUAGUUGUGUCCAGACCUUCUAUUUCACUGAUCCUGAUAGCCCAGGAACUUUUUCUUUUCUAGCCAUGCCAUUAUCAUGAAAUCUGUUGCCAUAGAAAGCCUUUUUUCAAAACCAUUGAAAGCAGUGCCACUGAACUUUCAUAGUUCUAAGUGGCAGCUUCAUGACAGAAACAUAUACAGUGGUGCUUAAAAGCUUGUGAAUUCUUCUGAAUGUUCAAUAUUUCUGCAUCAUGUUUUUGAUUCAUUUAUUUACUUGGGUUCUCUUUAUCUAGUUUUAGGACUUGUGUGGAGAACAGAUCAUGUUUUAGGUCAUAUUUAUGCAGAAAUAUUGAAAGGGUAUUUUCAAUCUUACAAACUUAAGCACCUCUGUAGAUAUAAUAGAUGUAUGCUUUGGGGUAAGGAACAAUAUAAGGAUAUUGCUAUUUUUGGCAAUUAGAUAUUUCAGAUAAUACUGCAUAAAAAUGGCCAGAGUAUUGUGCAGUUACUAUUCACUGAUUAUAAAACAAAAGUAGUAAAAAACUAAGAAUGUGUAGUAGGUAUGUUCACAGAAGAAUAAUCAGAAUGAGAAGGGUGUACUGGAGGAAGGAUUACAUUUCCCCAGAACAAAACAAUGUUUGAGCACUUAAAAUGAAUGCAGACAGCCAAAGCAGCAAUUGUCCUAUGUAAUAACAACAUGAAUAGGAAACAAACAUGCAUUUAUUAUACAAAACCUGAUAUUGCAGAAAGGCAACUUCCAAACUUUGGAACACAGACAUCCUCAGAUUCUGACAGCUUCAUCAGUGUGACAAUGAGCAGCACAACGCAAACUCCACUACUUUCAUGUGUGUGACAUCACAUUGCAUGUGUGCAGGGACAGAGCUUGUGUUGUGACACUUGGAUGCCUUUCUCAAUAUUUCUUGCCCCUACCCCCACCCCCACCCC